CUCCUCCUCCUCGCUCCCUCCCUCCUUCCCGCUCGCCUUCCCUCCCUCCUCCCCGGUGCCGCAGCUGGAUUUCGGGGGCAGGCUUCCAGCGCUGCCCGCUUGUUUUUCCCGAGCCCGGAGCCGUGCGGGAGUGAUUUCGGGAAGAGGGUGAGGAGGGAGCCGGCGGGACCGUGCUGGGCACAGGCAGGUGGAGGAUGAACGGCGAAGCUGAGUGCCCUGCAGACCUGGAAAUGACAGCUCCCAAAAACCAAGACCGCUGGUCACAGGAGGACAUGCUAACCCUCCUGGAGUGCAUGAAGAAUAACCUGCCCUCCAACGACGGGAGCAAGUUCAAAACCACCGAGUCCCACCUAGACUGGGAAAAAGUGGCUUUCAAGGACUUCUCAGGGGAGAUGUGCAAGAUGAAGUGGAUGGAGAUCUCUAAUGAGGUGAGGAAAUUCCGGACCCUCACAGAGCUCAUUAUGGAUGCUGAAGAGCACGUGAAGAAUCCUUACAAAGGCAAAAAGCUCAAGAAACACCCCGACUUCCCCAAGAAGCCCCUGACUCCCUAUUUCCGCUUCUUCAUGGAGAAGCGAGCCAAAUACGCCAAGCUUCACCCCGAAAUGAGCAACCUGGAUCUCACCAAGAUCCUGUCCAAAAAAUACAAGGAGCUUCCCGAGAAGAAAAAGAUGAAAUAUAUCCAGGACUUCCAGCGAGAGAAGCAGGAGUUUGAGAGGAACUUGGCGAGGUUCAGGGAAGACCACCCGGAUCUCAUCCAGAACGCCAAGAAAUCCGACGUCCCCGAGAAGCCCAAGACCCCCCAGCAGCUGUGGUACAACCACGAGAAGAAGAUCUACUUGAAAGUGCGUCCAGAUGUGAGUACGGCCACCACGAAGGAGGUGAAAGAGUCGCUGGGCAAGCAGUGGUCUCAACUCUCGGAUAAAAAGAGGCUGAAAUGGAUUCAUAAGGCCCUGGAACAGCGGAAGGAGUACGAGGAGAUCAUGCGGGAUUACAUCCAGAAGCACCCGGAGCUGAACAUCAGCGAGGAGGGAAUCACCCGCUCCACCCUCACCAAGGCCGAGAGGCAGCUCAAGGACAAGUUCGACGGACGACCCACAAAACCUCCCCCGAAUAGCUACUCCCUGUACUGUGCAGAGCUGAUGGCCAACAUGAAAGACGUGCCCAGCACGGAGCGGAUGGUGCUGUGCAGCCAGCAGUGGAAGCUGCUCUCCCAGAAGGAAAAGGACGCCUACCACAAAAAGUGUGACCAGAAAAAGAAAGAUUACGAGAUUGAGCUGCUCCGCUUCCUGGAGAGCCUGCCCGAGGAGGAGCAGCAGCGGGUGCUGGGCGAGGAGAAGAUGCUGGGCAGCAACAGGAAAGGGGCGACGAGUCCUGCAUCCAAAAAAUCCUCACCAGAGACCGGCAAGGCCAGCUCAGAGAAGCCCAAGAGGCCCAUCUCAGCCAUGUUCAUCUUCUCGGAGGAGAGGCGGAAGCAGCUGCAGGAGGAGCGGCCGGAGCUGUCAGAGAGCGAGCUGACCCGGCUCCUGGCCCGCAUGUGGAACGACCUCUCCGAGAAGAAGAAGGCCAAGUACAAGGCACGGGAGGCGGCGCUGAAGGCGCAGUCAGAGAAGAAGCACGGCUCAGAUAAGGAGGAGCGUGGGAAGCUGCCCGAGUCUCCCAAAACUGCUGAGGAGAUCUGGCAACAGAGCGUCAUCGGGGACUACCUGGCUCGUUUCAAGAACGACCGGGGCAAAGCGCUGAAGGCCAUGGAGGCCACUUGGAACAACAUGGAGAAGAAGGAGAAGCUGAUGUGGAUCAAGAAGGCAGCGGAGGAUCAGAAGCGAUACGAGAGGGAGCUGAGCGAGAUGCGGGCCCCUCCGUGCUCCACCAACUCCACCAAGAAAAUGAAAUUCCAGGGAGAGCCGAAGAAACCCCCAAUGAACGGUUACCAGAAGUUCUCCCAGGAGCUCCUGUCCAACGGGGAGCUGAACCACCUCCCGCUGAAGGAGCGCAUGGUGGAGAUCGGCAGCCGCUGGCAGCGCAUCUCCCAGGGCCAGAAGGACCACUACAAAAAACUGGCAGAGGAGCAGCAGAAACAGUACAAGGUGCACCUCGACAUCUGGCUCAAGAGCCUCUCGCCCCAGGAGCGGGCUGCGUACAAGGAACACAUUUCCAACAAACGCAAGAGCAUAGGGAAGAUUCGGGGUCCCAACCCCAAGAUGAAGCCAACGAUGCAGUCCAAGUCGGAGUCGGAGGACGAUGACGAGGAGGAAGAGGAGGAGGAGGAUGACGAUGAAGAUGAGGAUGACGAUGAUGACAACGGCGACUCGUCAGAGGAAGGCGGCGACUCCUCGGAGUCCAGCAGCGAGGAGGAGAGCGAGGACGGGGACGAGAACGACGACGAUGAUGAGGAUGAGGAUGAUGAGGAUGAGGACGACAACGACUCAGAGGGCAGCAGCAGUUCCUCCUCCUCCUCGGGGGACUCCUCCGACUCCGACUCCAACUGAUCGGCCAAGCUCUUUGUAACGUCGUUUGGUUUCUCGGUUUCGGUCCCAAAUCCCCCCUGCAGCCCCUCAAAAUCCUUCCUCCUCUUCCUCGUGCCCCCCAGCACGGGGAGCGGGGGCCGGGGGGACCCCUCUGCCGAGCUCACACUACGGAGGGGGAUCAGGGGCUGCUUCCCCCAGGCUGGGGGGCCAGGAGAGAGCCCCCCACCCCUGCCCCCCGCUUUACUCCCGAGGGGAAGCGAUUUUUUUUUGGAAUUUAAUUCUUUCCAGGGGGGCGUCUCUCCAUCCCUACCCCCGUCACCCCCUCGCUACCAGCUCUGGACUUUCUAGAAAGAGAAGAAAAACACACAGGAAAAAAAAAAAAGAAACAAACAAAAAACAAAACAAACCGACAACACCCCCCCACACACCUUUUUUUUAAUUAAAAAAACCCAGAAAUGGGACGAAAAAUCCCCUGGCGGCGCAGCCCCUCCGGCAGCGGGCGCGGAGCACGAGCCGAGGGGCUCAGGACUCAGCCGAUGGGACAAUGCCUCCUCACAGCCCCCCCCGCCCUCUGCGCACCCCCAGCAUCCUGGGGGGCUCCUCCCCACCCCCCAAAAAACCUUGUACAGUCUGGAAGCUGCCCCGGGAGCUGCCCGGGACCUCCACAUCCACGGCACUUGGGAGCGCCGGCCAGGGACGGGGACGGGGACAGGGACAGGACAGGGACGGUGACCCGCGUGUCCCCGGGGGGGUGGGGGGGUGUGGGUGCGUGUGCGAGCGUGUGAGUGUGUGGGGGGGGCACCGAGCGUGUGCGGGGGGGGCACCGGGGCCGCCCCCACCCGGGGCCGGCGGCUCAGCGUGACCAAGGGGGGGCGCGGGGUCCCCCCCGCUCUGUUGUCGGUGGUUGUUGUGCCGUUGUAUUUUAUUUUAUUUUUUUUUUUUGCUGUCGUUUUUUGGUUUUUUUUUUUUCCUUUUUAUAAAACCAGAAAGAUCCAUCUUUUAUUUUUCAUUUCCCCCUUUUUCCCCUUUUUUUUCCUCCUGUCCCACCUCCCCAUUUCCUCCCUGUCUCUGGUGAAGCUGCUCCUCUCCCUUCCUUCCAAAUCCUGGGGGGGGGGGACCAGAGCUCCCCUUGCCCCAUUAAUGCCAGUCCAUGUCCCCCCCCUGGGCCAUGCUGUAAAUUUUGGUGUGGUUUGGGUUUAUUUUGGGGGGUCAAUGCCCCCUCCUGGGUAGGGGAUGGGGCCGCGGGGACCGGGGUGGGUGCAUGGGGGGGCCUGGCAGGGCCCCCCCUUUUUUUUAAGCAGACACGAGCACCAGCAAUCCCACGGCACCUCCCUGCAGGGUUCCGUCCCCACCUCGUGCCACCCCCCAAAAACCCACCCAGUGUCAUUGGGGACCCCCCCCCCAGACCCCCACUCUAAUUGGGGGGGCUCAGGAUUUGUUCCUUCUCCCCCCCCCAUUCCUGUCCCUGGAGAGGAGCUGGGCUGGGGGACAGGAUUUGGGGAGCCCCAGAGAAGGGGAUGGGGGUUCUGGGGGGGUUUCUCUCCAGGGCUGUAAUUUAGCCAUUUUUCUCUUCUCUCAAAGCUGUGGGGGCAGCAGGGGGGGCCAUGCUGCAGAUUUUGGGUUUUGAGGGGUCCCUGCCCCCCCAGCUCCGUAACGCCCCCCAGGUUUGCUGCUCUCAGCACCCCAAAUCCAGCCCCCCACAAAGACAUUGGGGACCCCCUCAGUGCUGAGGGGAAGGUGGGGGCAGCCCCCCCUGGCCUUGCCUCGCUUUGGGCUGACAAAA